AUGUCUUCCAGCGGGGCCUUCAACAACCCCAUCAUCCCUGGGUUCAACCCUGACCCUUCAAUCUGUCGGGUAAACGACGAUUACUUCCUGGUGACCUCGACAUUUGAGUACUAUCCUGGUCUUCCGGUCUACCACAGCAAGGAUCCUCUACAAUGGGAACUUAUUGGUCAUGUCAUCACGAGACAUUCGCAAAUUAAUAUGCGAACGACCGAACCCUCGGGUGGACUUUGGGCGCCUACAAUUCGUUACCACGAAGGGCGUUUCUAUGUCUCUGUGGGAUGCACACAUCGCUUUCGUCCGAAAGAAUGGGAUAUCGUUAUCCCCCGUGGAUUCUUCGUAUCCACCACAGAUAUCUGGGACUCGUCUUCCUGGUCUGAUCCAACCUUUUUCGACAUCCCUGGAAUUGACCAAGAUCUUUUCUUCGAUGACGACGGCAAGGUAUAUUUUUCUGCCGUCAACAUGAUCACAGACCCAAGAGUGAAAAAGUACGGCCUUGGAUUGGCAACUUUCACUGCGGAAGUAGAUCUCGCCACUGGUCGAUGCCUUGGGCCUGCGAAGUGGAAUCGAUUAUCGAACUUCGGUCUUGGAAUUGCCGAGGGACCUCACAUCUUCAAAAAGGAUGGCUACUACUAUCUGAGUACGGCUGAAGGUGGCACUGAUGAAGGUCACCAGCAGUGGAUUUUCCGCAGUGCCACUGGUCCAUUUGGACCGUGGGAGGAAGGUCCCCAGGGGACCGUUAAUCCUGUAAUUUUCAAUGGCGAUGAUCUCUCGAUUCGCAACACGGGACAUUUGGAUUUCAUCGAAACGCCGAAUGGGAAGUGGUUCGCUGUGUUCUUGGGAGUUCGACCUCAAGGCGAAAAAUCGGAACUGCUCUCUCAACUUGGUCGUGAAACAUUCAUGAGCCCCGUUGAAUGGAUUGAUGGAUGGCCCAUUGUCAAUGGUCGUCAACCUAUCGGCCUCCAAAUGCAGGCGGAGGGCAUGCAGCUGCUCGCACAGCCAGAGGUUUGGAGAGACGAUUUCCAGGAUUCAACACUCCAGCUUGGAUGGUACCACCUACGAACACCGUUGAAGAAAGACUACUCUUUGUCAGAACGGCCGGGAUCAUUGAGUCUGUACGGAAAUGCGUAUCGUAUCGAGGAUUCUGAAUGUCCGUCUAUGCUGUUGCAGAAGCAAACGGGGUUCUCCGGUGACUGGAGGGUCAAGUUCAACUUUGCACCAACAGAGGCUGGCCAUGAAGCCGGAACAGCCAUUUGGUGGUCCCAAUUUGCAUACGCUUCGAUCGGACUCCGAAAGCCAUUUGAUGAGUACAACUCCGGACUGGAGAUCGUAUCCCGUUGUUACGAUGAGACUGAAGAUCAGUUCAAGGAACUCACCCACCAAUUGCCUCUGGAAUGUGGUGACAUUGAACUUAUCAUCCGUGCCCGCCCUACACGAUACGAGCUCUUCUUCUCAGCACAGCAGGGUGAACAAUCUACUCCUUCCGAGCCCGUCAAAUUAGGCGAAAUAUCCAGCAAGGCAUUGACGCACCGCCGAUCUGGGAAGGAAUCUCCCAACACUGGGUCUCAUUUUGCAAUUUAUGCACAGGGUGCUUAUGGCAAGCCGUGCUUCGAGCCCGCGCGCUUUGAGUUUGUAGAAUCUGCACUUGGAAUUGGCAAUUUCUCAUAUACAAAAAACAAGCAAGAACAAAGUCCAGGCUAA